UUCGCUGUUGUCCUCGAUCCUGUUCCAUGUUUCGUUGCGACUGCCUUUGGGAGGCAUCCAGUCGAUUUUGGGGGUCCAUCCAGAAGUUUAACAAUCGAUCCUCUGCCAUUUGCCGAAUUUGUUCUUCCUCCGCUGUUGUCGUGUUUCCCGGCGUUGUGAUGUGUUUAUCCGUUGCUCCUGUGAUCUUGCGAUGGGAUUUCUCCUGGUUGCUCUCCUGUUAUCGGCGUCCCUUUCCCGUUCUCGCUGCCUGUCUUCCGUAUUCCUUCGUCGCUGUCGGUGCUCUCCAGUGCUCCUUUCCUGUUCCCUUGCCCGUUCCUUUGGGUCCUCGAGAUGAGCAGCUCGCCCUGCAGCGUCCCGAAUCCGCUCUGAAAUUCGGGAUUGUUCCUCCACAAGGCAUGGUCAGCAGUAUUUUGCACCUGCUCUUAUCGCCGCUCCUCGGUGUCCGGAAUAGUCAUCCGAGUAGAGUGAUCAGCUGUGUUUCGCAUCUGCUCUCGUCGUCGCUCCUCGGGGUCCUCUCGACGGAUCGCGUGUGCAUCCAUGUCCCGAAUCCGUUCAGAAAUUUGAAACUCCGGAAUAGCCCUCCGAGUAGAGCUUUCAGCAGUGUUUCGCAACUGCUCUUUUCUUCGCUCCUCAGAGUCCUGUCGACGGGUUGCGCGUGCCUCCAUAUCCCGAGUCCGCUCUGAGACACGAUAGUCCAGGUGCUGUCGGCGAUUCGUAUAUCUUUCAGCAUCCUGAACACGCUCCGCAGAACGCAUUUCUGGGUUAGUCCUCCGAGACGCAUGCUCAGCAGUGUUUUGCAACUGCUCUUGUCUUCGCUCCUCAGAGUCCUCCCGGCGAGUUGAAUGCGGUUGUGCGUCCCGAAUCCGUUCAAGGUCGCGAACCCUUUGUCUUCUUCUCC